GUUUAGGGGCUCCUAACACACUCCCCAUACACCCCAUUCGAACCCCCAAAGAGAUAAGAGAGCAAGGGAAUCCACACAACCCAAGAGAGAAGGAAGGAGGAGAGCAGUCCGCAGGUUCGUUCUUCAGUGCGUAGCUCUGAUUGUUUGAGCCAUAACUUGAGAUUUACUCAUCCAAAUAAGGCGAGCGAGAUACCAACAGAAAGCUCUCAAGACGAGGAAUCCGUGAAGGUCUGGUUUGCAUCAAUCGGAGUAGUGGAAGGCUUCCAAAUCGACCGAGCAAAACACGACCUCGCAGAAUACGUUUUUGUAUUCAAAGUUAGGGAACGAAUUCGUCGGGAAACACCCGUUCUAGGGACUGUUUUUGCAUUUUCGGUUAGGAGUUGAACUAGCACUUUGAGAGGGCUGUUUAACACUCAAUUCCAAGCAAGGAAUCAGUUCUCAACCUUCCUUGGCCGAGGCUUUGGUCAUUGGAUCGAGAAGGAAAGUUUUAAAGCUCAUUUGAGGUUGAGGCUAGAGCUUGCUUCCUGUGCUCGUUGCCCGAGUGAUUUCCCCGGAGAGAAGACUUGGUUCGUGCUUCCUCCAUCCUGUUUUAGAACAUUAAUAAACAUGCUCAUGGAUAUUUUACUAUAGAGCCUGCGUGCUCAUGUUUGCCCUGUGUGGCCCUUUUGCUUUAAACAAUGUUUUCCGCUGUGUAUUGAAUUGUUUAUUAUGUAUGUUUAUGGAUGACUUAUGUGUGAAUGAUAUUCAUGACGCCUUGUAUAAUAUGAAUGUGUUGGACUGCGGUUGACUAUUCGUAUUGUACGGCGGGUUGUUGACGUGUCCGGGGAGGUCCGGGGCGUGACAAUUAAGUUGGUAUCAGAGCCUUAGUCCAUAAACUUCAUAAUGAAGUCUCAAAAUUCUCUUUUUGAAAAGAUUUUGAAAACCAUGAGCAUAGAAGUUUUGUACUUGGAGAGCUUUUGGUACUUGGGUUGCAAGGUCUCUAAUUGUUAAGAUGGUACCCUUAGCAAUUGGUAUGGCGGUGACUCGAGCCAAAAUGUGUCUUAAGUACCUAUCCGUCAAUUGACAUUUGAUACGAGUCUAACAACUCUUUCCAAAUUUCUUUCAGAAAUGGACCGUGGUGGCAGGAUUACUAGGAGAAACCCGACGGGUCGUGUACCAGUGGAGACUGGACAGGGCAGUCGAAGGACCUCUAGGGCAUCUAGAGGAGCUGGCCGUGGAGGCCGAUCACAGACCGUGAGUGACGGUCAUGUCGACACGGAAAGUGAAACCUACUGGUCCUAUGAGGACUCGACCUAUCGACCGGAAACUGAACCGGUUGAGACCCCUUAUGAAGGGGAUGAUGACGAUGUAAGUGAUGAGGAGGAAAAUGGCUCCUUAGCACGGAUCGAAACACUACUCCAACAAUACCACCGGGAGCGUGAAGAGAGGAGGCAACGCCGAAGACGCCGAGCGGGGCAGCCUUCGGGCAUGGCUUCAAGAGGAGGAAGUCAUGGUACAUCUAGAGUCCAUGUGGAACCACAUGGAGGCCAAAAUGAUGGAGGUCAAACCAUAAGGAUCUCCAAAUUUAUCAAGGAAGCAAGAGAUUUGGGGUGCAAACCCUUUGAUGGAGCAGGGGACAUUUCAGUUGCAGCACAAUGGAUCAAGAGACUAAAUGAAGCAGCCCUUGACAUGCAAAUCGCGCCGAAUCUCAAACUGAGAAUUGCGGUAAGAUUGCUCGAGGGGAUGGCAUCCAAGUGGUGGGAUGGAACCAAGAGCAAGUACGGUGAGACCGUCGUUUGGGAAGACUUCCAACGGGAGUUCUUUGCCCAAUAUUAUUCUGAUUUUGAAGUGAACAAGAAGGUGAGGGAAUACACCCUCCUAACCCAAGGGGGGUAACAUGACAGUGAAGGAACUUGAGUACAAGUUCCGGGAUCUCGCCGACUACAUACCGGAGUAUGCUUGCGACGAGAACCGAAUGGUAAACCACUUUUGGGAUGCUCUUGACUUGGAGAUACGUGAUAGGGCAACACAAUUGCCUAAUAUGACUUUCGCCCAAGUGGUUGACCAAGCGUUGAAGGGGGAGAAACAGUGGGAGGAGAGGAAGAAGAGAGACGCCGAGGAGGCGAAAAAGAGAAAGUGGGAGAGUCAUGGCUCCCAAGGUUCCAACAAAAAGGGGAACCAUGGAGGAGGGUCUUUCCGGGCACCGCCGCCACCGUCUAGGGGGAACCAAGGCCCCAGUGGGCAAGGCGUGAGGUCACAAACCUCAGUGGUAACUCGUUGCAACAAUUGCAAGAAGCACCACUCCGGUAAAUGUCGCGACCCCCCCUAGAUGUUUUCAAUGUGGGGAUGCCGGACAUUUGAAGGCGCAUUGCCCACAACUGGGCGGGGCAAGGACAUCGGGACCAAGUAGUGGCCCGACGGGUACACGGAAUCAGACCGGGGCUUCUCAAGCAAGCAGGGGACAAGGGGGAGCAAGCGCGAGCAAUGCGCCAUCCGUGAAUCAAGGAAGGACUCAAGCUAGAGUCUAUGCGAUGACGGAGGCGGAUGCUCGAGCGAACCCAGAUUCCGUUGCAGGUAAUUAUCUCAUUAAAGUGGGGUAUUUUAGCCUUAUUUAAGGUGUAUUUGAUUUUGGAGUAAGGCCCGGCCACCGUAGGAGCAAAACCGGGCAUUCCGAGUCACGAAAACGAAGUAAUGUCGAGGUACUCGCCCAGACCGGCGCCGGUCCGAGGCUACCCGGCGCCGGACAUGCCCUGGAGAGCAGCCUGUUUCGGACCGGCCCUCUCCAACCGGCGCACAACAGGGAAAUUUUCCAGCCAACCGGCGCCGGCCACUGGCCAACCGGCGCCGGACCGUCCCUGGGAUGGGCCUGUGUCCGACCGGCCCUCUACAACCGGCGCUGAUGGCCUGCGAAACCCACCCAACCGGCACCGGACACCCACCAACCGGCGCCGGACCUUCGUUGGAAGCGGCCUGUGUCGAACCGGCCCAUUUUAACCGGUGCAGCUGGGACGCUUAACCCAGACAACCGGCGCCGGACAGGCCUGAACCGGCGCCGGUCCG